UUUUUGGUCAGGAGCAAGAACACUCAACAAAUUUAAACAUGCAUAGUAAAGAUCAGAUUUGUUAUGAAGACUACCAGAAGUCAGCAGACUGGCUGCUGUCCCAGACUCAGCAUCGGCCCAAGGUGGCCAUCAUCUGUGGCUCUGGCCUGGGCCUGCUGGCAGACGCCCUCAAGUGCCAGGACUCCUUCAAGUACGGAGACAUCCCCGGCUUCCCACAGAGCACAGUGCAGGGACAUGCUGGCAGACUGGUGUUUGGGGAACUGAAAGGGAAGACAUGUGUGUGCAUGCAGGGCCGAUUCCACAUGUAUGAGGGACACACGCUAUGCAAGGUGACUUUUCCUAUCAGGGUAUUUAAGCUCUUGGGUGUGGAGACGCUGAUUGUCACAAAUGCGGCUGGCUCGCUGAAUGACACCUACCACUGUGGGGACAUCAUGGUGAUCAAGGACCACAUUAACCUCCCAGGCCUGGCUGGACUCAACCCACUCAACGGACCCAAUGAGGAGAAGUUUGGGCCUCGGUUUCCCCCCAUGUCGGGUGUGUAUGAUAAGCACCUGCGGCGUAUGGCCUUUGACAUCUGCAAGAGUCUGGGCUUCGCUCAGUUUGUGCAGGAGGGAGUCUAUUGCAUGGUGGGAGGACCCAACUUCGAGACCAUCGCUGAGGCCCGCCUUUUACAUAGACUCGGUGUGGACGCAGUAGGCAUGAGCACUGCUCCCGAGGUGCUGGUGGCGAGCCACUGUGGCAUGCGAGUGUUCGGCCUGUCCCUCAUCACCAACAAGGUGGUGAAGAGCUACGACGACACGGAGUCGGUCAACCACGAGAGCGUGCUGGAGGUCAGCAAGAUGCGCUCGGAGACCCUGCAGACGCUGGUUACGGAGCUGGUGAGCCGCAUGGACAUCAACAACAACACUGCGUGAUGACGGCCACCGCUGCUACCCUCUUCAUCCUCAUCAACAAAACCACGACAUUGACGACAACAUACAUGCACAACAGCAACAACAACAACAACAACAACAACAACCACAACAGCAAAUACUGGACACUACCCAGCAUGCUCCUCCACACUCGAGAACCCCCAACACUUGACAGUUCUUUUUUUGCCAGCAUAUUUGCAGCUAUUCACAAUGUUGUCACCGACUAUUAUGUUUUGCGAACAAAAUGUGCAUUGUCGAGUGUGUGUAAAAUGUAUCUGUUCAUCAGUCAGUUCCAAUAACAAGAUCUUUGUCAUGUUUUCUUGUGCUGUCACGAGGUUAGACUGGUGAAGUAUUUUUUUUUGUAAUUGAUAGAAUUGAUACUCAUCUGUACGUAUGUGGUGCACAGUUCCUCAUCAGCAAAUGUGAAAACAAGAAACAGUGGAAAAUAAUAAGGUGCAUAUUUUUUAUGGAAAAAAAAUCUUGUUUCUAUAUGUUCUUAAACGUUUACAUCAGUUGUCUUAGAUUCUGUCUUUGAUGGCUCCCUUGUUAAUAAAUCUAUGGUACUUAAAUCUAAAGAUUAAUAUAAACUAUAUUGCCUGUUCAUGUACAUAUAAGAUUACUCCUUGAAUUUAUAUGGUGCUUUAUGCAAAUUUUGUGGUGCAAUCUGAUUUUACCUGUAAGUACUUGUACAAUAUUGCUCAUGCAAUUAUUCUCAGAACUUAUUUUAUAUGAAAUAAUGACUUGUUUAACCUCAACCGAAA